CACAAUGGCAGACAGCAGUGCUGAAGAUCCAGCCAGAGAAAUACAUGAAGAGAAUUCGUAUCAGUACAGAAAGAGAAUGAAAUAUUCUCCAGAGGAAGAAGCCAGAUUAGAAAAUCAACACUUCUGGAAAAUCAUCAACGCCUUUAGAUAUUACAGGACCCACAUUGAGGAGAGGCUGAAGCGGUGCGAGAGACACUUCUUCAGUCUUCCUAAGCAUCACCGGCAGCUCCUCUCCGGAUUCCAGGCCAAGCUGGACGAAAUCCGGCGCUGUGCUGGGCGCAACCAUGAUGUCCUGCAGGACAUAGUGCACAACUGCACGCACAUGUUCGAGAACAUGGACUACGACCAGGGUGACAUCAUGAGGAAAACUGGACCGUCCUCGACCUUCGACAUGGACAAGCUGAAGUCCACCAUUAAGCAGUUUGUGAGGGACUGGAGCGACACUGGACGAGCAGAAAGAGAUUCCUGUUACAGACCGAUCGUCGAGGAGAUACAGAGGCGCUUUCCUCCUGAAACGUGUGAUGCCGCUGAGGUGAGAAUCCUGGUACCCGGAGCCGGUCUGGGCCGUCUGGCUUGGGAAAUCGCCCACCUGGGGUACUCCUGCCAGGGCAACGAGUGGAGCUUCUUCAUGCUUUUCUGUUCCCAUUUCGUCCUCAACAGGUGUGAACAGACGAACGAUCUGACUCUGUAUCCCUGGAUCCACCAGUUCAGCAACAACAAGCUGUCGGCCGACCAGACCAGAGCCGUGACCUUCCCCGACGUCGACCCCCAGGACCUCCCGCCGGACUCCGACUUCUCCAUGACGGCCGGGGACUUCCUGGAGGUGUACACCGAUCCGGACACCUGGGAUUGUGUCGCGACCUGCUUCUUCAUCGACACCGCCCACAACGUCCUGGAGUACGUCGAGACCAUCUGGAACAUCCUCAAACCCGGGGGGGUCUGGAUCAACCUGGGUCCUCUUCUGUACCACUUUGAGAACAUGGCCAACGAACUCUCCAUCGAGCUGAGCUACCAAGAACUCAAGCACGCCGUCCUGAAACUGGGAUUCCAGCUCGAGGUGGAGAGAGAAUCGACGCUCAGUACGUACACGGAGAACGAGCGCUCCAUGCUCAGGUACCUGUACGACUGCGUGUUCUUCGUGGUGCGCAAGCCCGCCGCCGCCCAGCCGUCCGGUCCCGGUCUACAGAACGGUAAAGACGGACAGGCGGACCAAGCGGGAGAAACGACGACGUGACGCUGCUUGUUUGUUUGGACAGAAGUAUGUAGACGCCCCUUUUUAACGGGUGGAGUCGGCUAUCUCAGCUCAACCAGGAACGGGUGGAACUACCAGGUUACCAGCUUUUACCUGAAUGUAUUCCAGAUCCAGACUCACGUCACUUCAACUGUAGGGCGAAUUUUUUGUUAUUUAAUCAUUUUUUUCAGGACGUUUUUAGGAUUUUUGACUCUACCGAGGGAGGAUUCAUGCUGAGCAUUUGAAGCACUUCAGCCGUCUAGACUGGAACAAUACGACGGCACUAAGCGAACACGCUGUUUUUAACUCACUGUGUGGUUUCAUGCGUGUGUGAAACUGAUAUUAAUACAUUUUAUAAUAAAACUGUGUGAAACGAG